AUGGAAAGAUCAUAUUCAACAAUUGACAAAACCUCAUCAACCCAGCAUUUAGAGGCUGAAGAGUUUACUCCUCUUAAAAGCCUGCCUAUCAAGAGUUUAAAAGUGUUUAUUUUCAUGAAGCCAAGCAAAAAAGUACUAGAUCCUUAUAUUAAGAGAGUUAUCGAGUUCCUUCAAAGAUUUUCAAUAUCUUGAUACGUGACUGAGCCUGUGAUGCAGCUACUCAAAGAGUCAUUUAUCGAGCCUGCGGAGGUAGAAGAUGAUCAGAGCAGUUCAUACUCAGAUACUACAAAGAUUGACCUUGAUUGUAUUGAGAUUUUCUCUGAAGAAAACCAAAGUUCUAUCAAUAGAAUAAUUACAUUAGGAGGUGAUGGAACUGUUGUGCAAGCAAUCAAACUUUUUGUCAAAGAUAAAUGCCCAGAGAUGAUCACAUUCGGUCAAGAGUCUAUUGGAUAUCUGUGCUGAUUUGAAGGCUCAGAGUACGAAGAAGUCUUAUACCACUCUCUUAUCAAAAUUGCAGAAGAUAGAAAUGAUUACGACAUUUUUAUUGAUUUUGAUGAAGACAAAAAGUAUGGCAACCCAUAUGUUGAAAAGAAGGAUAGAGUUGUUCUGAAGGUUCUCUUUGAUGGGUUAGAUCCAGAUGUCAGCUCAAAGAUUACUCCUGGGAAAACCAAAAAACCCAAAUUUGGAAGCUUAUAUGCAUUAAAUCAAAUUAUUGUAGAUAGAGGCUCCUUUAACUAUCUCACAAACUUGGAAUGAUAUAUUAACAAGAAUCCUCUAACAGUGAUUCAAGGAGAUGGAGUGAUACUUUCCUCUUCUACAGGCUCUACUUCUUACAACAUGUCUGCUGGAGGAAGUAUUGUGUAUAACUAUGUAAACUGAGUCUUACUAACUCCAAUUUGCCCUCAUUCACUAUCAUUUAGACCUCUCAUUCUUCCUGAUGAUUGUAUAAUAACUUUAAAAGCCUCAGAAGAUUCUCGUGCGGAAUACUAUAGCGUCAGUAUUGAUGGAGACCACACUUUUACCUUAAAAAGAGGUGAAAAAAUUGACAUUCAAGGAAGUUUAUGCUCCCUUCCCUUUGUCACCUUUAAUCCAGUAGAUCCAAUGGCAGAAUGGUGCAAACGUCUGAACAGCUCUCUUCAUUGGAACUCAAGGCCUGUUCAGAAGAAUUUCACAAAUCAAAACGAAUCAUCGAAAUAAAGAAUUGAUAAUUCUUUAUAUCUCAGAAAACUAUGGUCAAAAGGUUGCUCUAUCUGGAAAGUUAUUAUUAAAGAAACUUCUGAGAUCUUUCAUUUCUCUUAUCAAUG